AUGAUGGUGAAUUGGCUUAGUGGUGUUGUGGCUCAAGUAUUAGGUGCAAUGCUCGAUAAACGACCGGAUAUAGAACGCACAUACGAUUUGCAAAAAUUGUCAGCGACAGCAUUAUUAGCUAAAACCAGCCUAGAGGAUCAUGCUUUCAUGGGUUUCUGCAAUGAGGACGGAAACUUGGUCCAAUAUGCAAUGCUUAUUGAAACGUCGAUAACAACUUUUGCCCUCUUCGUCAUCGCUUUGUAUUUCGCUCAACAAGUGAAGAAGAAAUUGAAUGAACCUGCGUUUAGCAAGAGGACAAAACAGAUGCAACGCCGUUUAAGCAACAUGCUCCUCGCUCAGGUAUGCAACACACGACACUUACAUUAA